CGCCACGUAGCUCGGUCCUUCGUCUGGAGUUUCAGAGAGUCGCACCAUGUUGGAAGUGGCAUCAACAGCAGCACAUGCGAUUACACUUACAUGUUUUUGUACAUAUGUGCACGAGGCCAGACGGAGGAGCUUUGUGAGAAACGGGCUCCUCAUGUGAUAACGGACCAGACCGAGUCGGAGACCGGCGACUGCUCCAGACGAGCUGAAGUUUCUGUAGAUCCUGUCCUCAGCCUCAUGACAAGAAACAAUUAUGGAUUACUGUAGUCUCCUACUGCCCUGCCUGGUGUCCAUCGGAGGUGGGCUGGUGUUCGGGUAUGAGCUGGCUAUCAUCUCUGGUGCCCUGCUGCAGCUCCGGGUGGACUUUGCAUUGUCCUGUGUGCAGCAAGAGGUUCUGGUCAGCGCCUUACUGGUCGGAGCCCUGUUGGCUUCUGUCUUGGGGGGCUCUCUGAUCGACUGGCAGGGUCGUCGAAGAUCCAUUGUCUUCAGCUCUGGUCUGACACUGGCUGGGACCGUCAUGCUCCUCAUCAGUGCAUACCCUGCCCUGGUACUGGGACGGGCCACUGUAGGCUUUGCCAUGUGUAUCUCCUCGAUGUCCUGCUGCAUUUUUGUGUCUGAGCUGGUGCGACCAGAGCACAGGGGUGUUCUGGUGAGCUUGUAUGAAGUGGGGAUCACCGUGGGGAUUUUAGCGGCUUAUGCUGUUAACUACAUCAUGGCUGACACCCGGUAUGGUUGGAAAUGGAUGUUUGGUCUGGCUGCAGUGCCCACCAUGGUUCAGCUUGUCUCCAUAUGGUGUCUUCCUUCAAACGUGCAAUCUAACUGUGCUCAGAUAAAGAACCAAGAGCCUACCAGGGGGUACAACUACCUGUCUCUUUUCCACACAAAGGACAACAUGAGAACAAGGACUAUGAUUGGUUUGGCUCUAGUGCUGUUCCAACAGUUCACAGGACAGCCCAAUGUGUUGCUCUAUGCCUCCACCAUAUUCUAUACAUUGGGGUUCCACAGCCACACAGCAGCGGUCCUAGCCUCGGUGGGCUUGGGCCUGGUCAAAGUUUUAUCCACACUGUUGUCUGUGACACUGUCAGACAGAGUCGGCCGUCGACCUCUGCUCAUAGGGGGAUGCUCUGUUAUGGCUGUUAGUUUGUUUAUCAUUGGACUUCUUUGUACACAUUCUCAUGUUCAAGAGAUAUCCUGUGUUUCAAAAGGUGUAAUUUCAAAUACAAACAUUACAAAAACACAUGAAACACAUAUAACUGUUAAGAACUUUAAUGAAACUACGAUAAAUAGUGGAAUCUUACCAGAAGUAAAGCCCUCUGUUUCGUCACCUCUGAAUUCUACAACUGCAAACUGGGUUGUUCUCCUGAGUCUAAUGGCGGCUGUCAGUGCAUACUCCAUUGGAUUUGGACCUAUGACAUGGCUGCUCCUGAGUGAGAUAUUUCCCACAGAGGUUCGAGGCCGGGCGUUUGCCUUUACCAGCUGCUUUAACUGGUCUGCCCAUGUCCUGGUUACAUUCACUUUUUUACAUCUUAUUGAUGCCAUCGGGCUCCCAAGUCUCUUUCUGUUGUAUGGGACAAUAGCAGUGGUUGCUGCAGCCAUUUUUUGCAAAAUACUUCCUGAGACUAAAUGUAAAUCAUUGGAGGACAUUGACAUGGAGCUGCGUCUUAACCGGUUUUACCAGAAUGAAAACUGCUGUGGCUCCUUGACCAGGAGAAAUGGUGAACCACAGUAUCACAAGGUGGACUGUCAAGACAUGGACAUGGACAAAGGAUAAAGGAUGAUGCUUAACAAAUACAACACCUGAUAAAUAAAACAUUUAUUUACAAAUAUUUUUAAACACUUGUUCUUCA